AUGUCUUCCCUACCAACCCUUCUCAACCUUCUCCUCCUCAUCGCUGUCUCGAUCUUCAUCACCCCACCAACAGUCCUCGCCUACCAGGCCCUCUCCGAUACCCAACUCCAAGCCGUCCCUGGCCCGCUCGAGUCCGACUUCGACAUAAAAAAUGGCGCGGGCCUCCUCGCUCCGAUCCUGAUCCCCCGCGUCCCGGGCACGCCCGGACAGGCCAAAGUCCAGAAACAUUUUGUCGACUUCUUUUCUCGGAACUUGUCCGAGUGGGAGAUCUCGUGGCAGAAUUCGACGGCCACCACGCCGCUUUCGGGCUCCAAGCAGGUUCCGUUUCAGAACCUGAUCUUCAGGAGAGAACCGCCAUGGACUAAGGAGCGAGGACCCGGUAGGGCGGCGCUGCUGACGCUGGUGGCGCAUUAUGAUUCGAAGAUCAGCCCGGAGGGGUUCAUUGGGGCGACGGAUAGCGCGGCGCCGUGUGCGGUGUUGAUGCAUGUCGCGAAGACGGUGGAGGGAUAUUUGAAGAAGGUUUAUGAGGAGGGGAUCGCCGAGGGACUGGGGAAGGGAUCCGGAAAGGAGGAUCCUAAGAGGGAGGUGGGCGUGCAGAUAUUGUUGCUGGAUGGCGAGGAGGCGUUCAAGGAGUGGACGGAUACGGAUUCGUUGUAUGGUGCUCGAUCUCUCUCCACCGAAUGGGAAUCCACGACCUACGCAGCCCUCUCCCGGUUCGCCAACCCCCUCGUGCAAAUCGACCUCUUCGUCCUUCUCGAUCUUUUGGGCAGUGCCGACCCCGGCGUCCCUUCCUAUUUCCAGACCACCCACUGGGCCUACAAGAACAUGGCCACGGUCGAGUCGCGCAUGCGGGCCCUCAAUCUGCUGGAAAGCAAACCCAAGAACCCCUUCCUGCCCGAGGCGGGCAAACUCAACGAGCAUUUCGGCAGGGCCUACGUGGGCGAUGAUCACCAGCCGUUCAUGGCGAAGGGGGCACCCGUCCUGCAUAUGAUCCCGACCCCGUUUCCGCAUGUGUGGCAUAAGAUCGAGGAUGAUGGGGAGCAUCUAGAUCUGCCGACGGUGAGGGAUUGGGCGAGGAUCGUGACGGCUUUUACUAUUGAGUAUUUGGAGGCUGUUGUUGACCCUGUUGGGGGGGAGGCUUCUGAGGCUGCUGGGGGCGGCGAAAUCUUCAAUCCUCUGCGGAAAACAACGACUAUCGGCUCCGUCCUUUUCAACCGCGCCCAUACGACACAGCGACAGCCGUCGGCUCAGCCGCACUAUCUGAUCCAACAAUCCUCCAUCUCUUCAACCGCAGCCCACUCGGGUCCAUCUUCAGCAGUCAGAGAAGCCAUGGACGGCAGGAAACACCCAAGCUCUUUCCAGCAGCUUGAGAAGUUGGGAGAGGGCACUUAUGCUACUGUCUUCAAAGGCCGCAACCGACAGACAGGCGAGCUAGUAGCUCUCAAGGAGAUUCACCUUGACUCGGAAGAGGGAACACCUAGCACAGCCAUCCGCGAGAUCUCUCUUAUGAAAGAACUGAAGCACGAGAAUAUCGUAGCUCUGCACGAUGUCAUUCACACCGAAAACAAGCUUAUGUUGGUGUUCGAGUACAUGGAUGGCGAUCUCAAAAAGUUCAUGGACACCAACGGCGAAAGGGGAGCCCUGAAGCCCCAUGUCAUCAAGUCCUUCAUGCAUCAGCUGCUCAAGGGUAUCGACUUCUGCCACAAGAACAGGGUCCUACAUCGAGACCUCAAGCCCCAGAACCUGCUUAUCAACAGCAAGGGCGCUUUGAAGUUGGGAGAUUUUGGUUUGGCGAGAGCAUUCGGCAUUCCAGUUAACACCUUUUCGAAUGAGGUCGUCACUCUCUGGUAUCGAGCUCCCGAUGUGCUGCUUGGAAGUAGAACCUACAACACCAGUAUCGACAUUUGGUCGGCGGGAUGCAUCAUGGCUGAGAUGUUCACCGGCAGGCCCUUAUUUCCCGGCACCACUAAUGAGGAUCAGAUUGUUCGCAUUUUUAGGAUAAUGGGCACGCCGACGGAACGCACAUGGCCUGGUCUCACCUCGUUCCCCGAGUACAAGCCCAACUGGCAAAUGUAUGCGACACAGAGCCUGUCUUCCAUCUUGCCUCAGAUCGACCGCGACGGCAUCGACUUGCUUCAGCGCAUGCUACAGCUGCGACCCGAAUUGCGAAUUUCGGCCCACGAUGCGCUCCAGCACCACUGGUUCAACGACCUGGUUCACCAACAGCAUCACCACCAAGCGCAGCAGUCAUUUGGGCAACAGCCGCCCAUGAUGCAGCAACAGCCAAUGAUGCAGCAGCAAAGAGGCUAUGGGCAGCCGCAGCCCAACUACCACCACGAGGGCUACUAG